AUGAACAGACUGAAGAAGAGAGUCGGGAUAGCUGGCUGCGGGACUAUCGGCCGAAAGAUCGCGUCUGAAAUGGACGCUGGUGCAGUGCCGGGAGCCUUUCUUCGCGGCAUAACCAGUCGUAGCCUGGAUCGCGCCGCUCGCUUCGCUUCAACGCUCGACUGCCAUCCUCCUGUGAUAGAGAUUGGCGAACUUGUGGAAAUUGUUGAUCUCGUUAUUGAGGCCGGCGCCCGCAAGUGCAAUGGAGUCGAUUGCGGUGGCGACCUUGUCCGCAGGUAA